AUGAACUUGGCUUGUCCCAAAUCAAUCCCUAUAAUCGUUGUUUUGCUUGCAAUUAUUGUUCCGUUAUCACAUUCUGAGAUUCCAUUUAUAGACUCAUUUAUUGAAUAUUUGGAACCAUGGAUCGAUAUUCCAUUGUUCAUAAGUACAAUUCUUGAUUAUUUUGAGGCGAUCUAUUAUCCUCUAGCAAUACCAGAGGAUGGGCCGAUAUUCCGUGAUCUUGCUAAUACGACAACAAUGUUUUUAAAAGUUAUUGCCACUAUCAAUAUGCCACCUUCAACACAGAUUAUUGACCAACGUCCAGCAGGUCUGUUCCUUGCUAAUGUCGCUGAUAAAGUCGGACGUGCAUCACAAAUGGAAAAUAAAAUAAUAAUUCAGUAUUUAAAUGAUCUUGCUGAGAGCACAUAUCAAACAGGAAAAAAAGCUGAAAAAUUAUUUAGCAUUGGAGCCUAUUUAAUCAAUCGAAUUGGUAAUGAAAUAACCUCGAUUCGAGAAACUCUUUCAUUGGAUAUGACAUUAUCUAGACGGAAUGUGACAUUCUUAUCAAAUAGACUUAAUAAACUCUUAUUCCAAGUAACUGAAUUUCGUGAUCAAUUCAAAGCUAUUCGUAUGGCAAUCGACGAUGAAGAAAGGAUUUGGAAUGGAACUCAAUAUGGCAUAAAUUCUUUUUAUGAUGUUGAAAAAUAUUUUGAAUCAAUAGAAUCAACAGGAAGUAAAAUCUAUAAAUGGAAAAAUAUUGUAAAUAAUUUGACUAUUUUUAAGCUCGGAUGUCUGGUCACUUUUGAGGCUCGAAGAGGAAUUGAAACUGCUCUUAAAAUUACAGAACAGGUCAGAAUAAAAUUUAUACAAACCAAAGAUGUAAUACGUGGUUUAAAUAAAAAAAAGAUUGUUAGGAAAAUAGAUUUGAUAAAUUUACAAGGUGUUGAAAUGUUGACUGAAGCAGUUUCGGUAGGUUGGGCAGAAAAAGAUAAAUCAAAAAUUAUUAUUCAGUAG